AUGGCCAUCACAAUCAUACAACCCAAACCCGUACCACGGUACACAAGACGCACAUCAUCAGCCGCGUCAGACUCAGACUCGGACGAUGGCGGCGUGGACAUCGAGGGCGACAUCAAAAUGGCCACGGGCCGGCCAGCAGCCAGCCACAGCGACAUCGUCACGCCGGGCGAGGUCAUCACCACCAACCCGCAGUGGAUGCGCGGCCACGGCACCUACACCAGCGCACAGGGAGGCGACGACGACGACAGCACGGCGAUCGUGUCGUCCCUGGCGGGCGUCAUCUCGCGCACCAACAAGCUCCUCUCGGUGCGGCCCCUGCGGGCGCGCUACACGCCCGAGGUGGGCGACCUGGUGGUGGGGCGGAUCGUGGAGGUGCAGUCGAAGCGGUGGCGCGUGGACGUCGGGUCGGUGCAGCUGGCGGGCCUGCCGCUGUCGGCCAUCAACCUGCCGGGGGGCAUCCAGCGGCGGCGCACCGAGACGGACGAGCUGGCCAUCCGGUCCUUCUUCGCAGAGGGCGACCUGCUCGUCGCCGAGGUGCAGCAGCUGUACGCCGACGGCGGCGCGGUGCUGCACACGCGGUCGCUGCGCUACGGAAAGCUGCGCAACGGGGUCUUCCUCGCGGUCGCGGGCACCGGUGGCGGGGGCGGGGUGGUGCGUAGUCGGAGGCAGGUCUGGACUAUGGAGGUUGGCGCGCUGCAGUCUAAGAUUGAUGUCGUGCUGGGCGUCAAUGGCUACGUGUGGAUCAGCAAGCACGUCGAGGACCAGAGCCUGGCGGCCGGCGGGGGGUCCGCUGGUGGCGUCGGCGUGACCAACAUGGAGGAGAGCGUCAGCCAGGCUGUGUACAGCAGCCAAAACGACUACAUCGAGGUUGAGGUCAUGAGGGAGAUCACGCGGGUCAGGGGCGUCAUCACGGCGCUGGUGGAGAAUGGCCUGCGGGUGGACGAGGACAUGAUCAUCAGGGGAUACCAGGAGGCUGUAGAGAUGGCGAGACUGGGCGACUCGGGCGAGGAGGAUGUCUACCUGGGUGGUGAAAGAGGCCAACAGCUGGCCGCGGCGCUGGUACGAAGGUAG